GGAUCGAACUAAUAAAGUAAACAACAUCGUAUCAUGCCUAAGGCCAAUCUAAAGUUAAGUCCCCAUGAUCAGCAGGUGCUCGAUUCCAUUUUCAAUCCCCUCGAGCUCAGCAGCCUACAGACAAAUUACUUAAUUCCCGCCGAAUCCGACCUCAAGGAUGUGGAGCCAGACACCCAAGCUAUCAAAGCUUCCCGGGAACUGGAGCUAAGGGGCAUUGCCUUAUCCGAAAGUGGGGAGCUUGAUGAAGCCCUGGAGCUGUUUGAACAGUCACUAAAUCUGGCCCAGAGGUCUUCUGUUCUAAAUAAUAGGGCACAAACUUUACGCCUAGCCAAACGCGAUGAGGAGGCCCUUGAUGACCUAAACAGAGCCCUAGAACUGGCCAAUGAUCAGCAGACCCGCACCAAGUGCCACGCCCACUGCCAGCGAGGAGUCCUUUAUCGUAAACUGGAUAAUUUGGAGGCGGCUCGUGCCGACUUCGAAGCUGCAGCGCAGUUGGGCAGUAAAUUCGCAAGGGAACAGCUGGUGGAAAUAAAUCCCUUUGCAGCGCUCUGCAAUCAAAUGCUUCGCCAGGCAUUUGAUCAGCUCAAAUAGCAUGUUGUGCAGUAGAAUUUUUGUGAGAUGAUGUGUUACUGGAAUAUGAAUAAUUAUUAAUGUGAAAUGUGCAAACAAAUUUAAGCCUUUGCGUUAAACAUCAAAUUAUUGCACUACUUAUUGAAGCGAUUUUGAUUCGCUACUGAGAUAAUAUAAUAGAGACACUAAAAAUCUAUAUGCACGUUCUCAGCUAAUAUUAAAACCUCUUCGAUCUGAAUCAUUAAAUCAAA